CGCUUGCCCGCAAAUAAAACGUAAUCGGCGUACGUCAAACAGUCCCAUCCAAACCUGUUCCGGUCAACCCCAUUCUAACCUCCACUCCGCCUCGGCCCGCCGCUAUGCCGCCGGCCGGUAGCCUCACCGCCGACCAGCUCAGCUUCUUCGACACCAACGGGUAUCUCGUGAUGGAGUCGUUCUCGAGCGCGGAGGAGGUGGCGGCGAUGCGGGACCGCAUGGCCGAGCUCGUCGCCGGGUUUGACGGCGCCAGCUCCACCAUCUUCUCCACCAAGGAUCACCGGCAGUUAAAGGAUGACUACUUCUUUAAGAGUGCAGAGAAUAUCUCAUUCUUCUUCGAGGAAAAGGCGUUUGGAGAUGAUGGAUGCUUGAAGCAGCCAAACGAACUUUCAAUUAAUAAAGUUGGGCACGCAUUACAUGAACUUGACCCGGUGUUCAAAAGGUUUUCUUUCUCAAAGAGCAUUGCUAGCCUGUUCUCUUCUUUAGGCUACAAGAGGCCUUCAAUUAUUCAAUCUAUGUACAUCUUUAAGCAACCAGGUAUUGGUGGUGAGGUUGUGCCGCACCAGGAUAGUACAUUCCUUUACACGGAACCUCGAACAUGCACAGGGUUGUGGCUUGCACUUGAAGAUGCAACAGUCAAUAAUGGCUGUCUAUGGGCAAUUCCCGGAUCACAUAAAAAGGGUCUGAAAAGGCGAAUGAUCAGAGAUGAAAAUGGCACUCAUUUUGAUCACCCUUCUCCAUCCUACGACCUCAAAGAAUUUGUGCCACUGGAAGUAAAAUCCGGGGCUUUGGUGGUUAUACAUGGAGAUCUUAUACACCAGAGCUUUGAGAAUCUUUCUCAGGUGUCAAGACAUGCACUCAGCUUACAUGUAGUUGAUACUGAAGGAUGUGAAUGGUCCAAGGAAAACUGGUUACAGAGGAAAACUGCCGCUGAACCGCUUUAUGUGCCUUAGCUAAACCAGUCACUACUCGCCAGUACAGGAGCAAAAAACAGUGAUUCCAGCAAGCGGGUCCUAGUUAUGGUUUUAGUGUUGAUUGCUUAUCGUCGAUGAAAUAAAAUUGGGGAAUGCUGCCGAGCAAUGUUGUUUUCCUUUCACCUGCAAACUUUGUAAAUACUUCUCGUUGCUACUGUGUUGUCAUUGGAUAUUUCAUAUUUACGCAUGCAAUAAAUCUCCAGUUGUUAA